AUGUCAAAGAAUCAACGUCGUAGAAAAAAUAAAGAAGAAAAAGAACAAUUAUAUGAACAACUAUUUGUCCCAUAUGAACCAAAGUAUCAAUAUGAUAUUUAUUUUAUUAACACGUGCACAACACUUCACGAAUUUAAACACUUGAUUAACAUUGCUCAACAAACUAAUUUCUUCACAAUUGAUACCGAAUCGGAUUAUCUUACUAAUAUACCCGCUUUGAUUCAAAUAUACUUCCUCAAUGGUCAACACAUACUCUCGCCAUUAUUACUAAUUGAAGCUCAAUUUCUUCCAAAUGAACCAUCUUGUUAUUUCUCAAACUUACAAGAAUUAUUUUCGUCUAUAUUACGUAGUGAUGCUCACAUUUAUUGCUGGGGUUCUAUUAUUCCUGAACUAACUCCAUUUUUAUGUUUCAAUUUCUUUUCAUUUCCUAUAACAUCAUUUUUACAUAAUUCUCAAACUGUAUUUAGGACAUGGUUCGAUGAUUGGCUCAAUUUUCAUACAUGUAUUAUGGAAAUCGACUCUCCUGAUGUUAAUGAUGAUUCACUAAUUAUACAUGCACCUACGCUUGAUCCAGAUUUAAUUCUACCUCCACAAAUAAUAAAUAACUUAAAAGUUCGUACCGGUGAAUUGUGGAGUUUACAAGACGCUGUAGUAUAUAUUUUUCAACAAUAUUUAUCAAAAAGAGAUACAUUAAGAAGAUGGUCAAUUGGGUUGGAUAAUCGACUUACAAAUAGUACACGAUCUUCUACACAUCAUCGUUCAAAAUUAAUAAAAUAUGCAGCCUAUGACUGUCUCUCGUUGGCUCAACUUGUCGUAUUUAUGUAUCAAUCUCACCUUUCAACAGCAUCAACAUGUAUACAAUAUUCGGAAAUGUCCGGUGAGUACCUAAUAAUUCGAGAUAAUGAUUUCUUUGAUUAUUUCUUUACGACAAAUCAACCAUCUGAUUCGCAUGUUAUUGAUGAAUGUCCCGUUACAAUGAUGGCUGUUCAUGAAAUAGAUGAACGCUGUCCUACUCCAAGUCCUAAUAUUACGACAUUUGGCACAAUUCCAUCUGAUCUUAUUCCAUAUAUUGAAACAACUCCACCUGAUACUAAUUUACAUCUUGAUACAACUACAAGUCAUUCUAAUAAAAAUGCUUCACAUCGUACACGAAAGCAAUCAUCAAUUGCUCGACAAAAACGAAAUAAAAAAUCUAGUCUUCGUCAUCGACGUAAUCGGUAUAACUACGAAAUUAUUCGUCCCGUCAAUAUCGAUAUAUCUUCAGUUAAAAAUUUAUUACGAGCAAAUCAUAUUCAAUACAUUAACAUUAACAUUGUCAAGUCAAUCCUGUACAUUGGUGUUAAAUCGGAUGGUUGGCAAAAAUUAUACGAACACCUAAUACCACCUGAUAUGUUCGUAUAA